UCUUCAAACUCUCAGUUUCUCACAACUCCUCCCAUCUCAGGGAUCCACUCAAGCUUCCCGGAGAGAGGAAGCAGCGAAAUCGAAAAUGUCAGAUCUGGUAACGACGUUGCCGUCGCCGUCAUCAGCGCCGAGAUCCGCCUCAGACUUCUUCUCCGAUCCUUACGACUCGCAUCCUCUAUGGUUCAAGCCUUCCCUCUUCCUUUCCCCCGUCUUCGACUCCGAGUCCUACAUCUCGGAGCUCCGCACAUUCGUUCCCUUCGACACUCUCCGAUCCGAGCUCCGAUCACACCUCGCAUCCCUCAACCGCGAGCUCGUUGAUCUCAUCAAUCGAGACUAUGCUGAUUUCGUGAGUUUAAGCACUAAGCUCGUCGAUAUCGACGAGGCUGUAGUCCGCAUGCGCGCCCCGCUCCUUGGUCUCCGCGAGAAGAUCGCUGCGUUUCGUGGUUCCGUGGAGGCCGCGCUUUUCGCGCUAAGGAGUGGAUUGCAGCAACGCUCCGAUGCUGCUUCUGCCAGGGAGGUUCUCGAAUUAUUGCUCGAUACUUUUCAUGUAGUAUCAAAGGUUGAAAAGCUUAUAAAAGUGUUACCAAGUGCGCCUUCUGAUUGGCAAAAAGAGGAUGGUGGUGUUUCCCUAAGGAGCUCUGUGAGUGUUGAAAAUUCCACGCAGCAAGAUGGCACAACCAUGAGAGAAACGCAGAGCAUGCUCCUGGAACGAAUAGCUAGUGAAAUGAAUCGACUCAAGUUCUAUAUGGCUCAUGCACAGAACCUGCCUUUCGUUGAGAACAUGGAGAAGAGGAUUCAGAGCGCUAAUGUGCUAUUAGAUGCUAGCCUGGGUCAUUCCUUCAUUGACGGGCUAAACAACAGCGACACAAGCGUUCUUUACAACUGCCUGCGUGCAUAUGCUGCCAUUGAUAACACCAAGAGCGCAGAAGAAAUUUUUCGUACAACGAUUGUGGCUCCAUUUAUACAUAAAAUUGUUGCACUUGAAACAUCAAAUAAUGCUGCUGGAUCAUCGGGAGAUGAACUUGAAAAUGAUUACAAGCAGAUCAAGCAUUUUAUUGCCAAGGACUGUAAAAUGCUGCUAGGAAUAUCUUCAACCGACAAAUCGGGUUUGCACGUUUUCGACUUCUUGGCAAAUUCAAUUCUGAAAGAAGUUCUUUCGGCAAUUCAGAAGGUCAAACCAGGAGCAUUUUCUCCUGGAAGGCCUACUCAGUUCUUGAAGAACUACAAAGCAAGCUUGGAAUUCUUGGCAUAUCUUGAAGGUUAUUGUCCGUCAAGGACUGCUGUCACUAAGUUUCGAACGGAAGCGGUAUAUAUCGAAUUCAUGAAGCAAUGGAAUGUGGGAGUAUACUUUUCACUGAGGUUCCAGGAGAUUGCUGGAGCCUUGGAUUCUGCUCUUACUUCUCCUUCUCUGGUAUUCAUUCAGGAUUCUGAUUUAGAUAAACGGAGUUCUCCGAACUUAAUACUCAGACAGAGCGCUACUCUUUUGGAGAGCUUGCGUUCAUGCUGGGAAGAAGAUGUUCUCGUUUUCUCCGCGGCUGAUAAAUUUCUUCGAUUGACCUUGCAGCUUCUUUCGAGAUAUUGCGUUUGGGUGUCAUCUUCCCUCCAUACUAGAAGGGGUAAUCCUAGCCCGAGUCCUGGAUGCGAUUGGGCAGUUUCAGCCACUACAGAAGAUUUUGUAUAUGUUAUACAUGAUGUAAAUGAUCUAGUCUCUGAAGUUUGUGGCGAUUACCUUGGACAUAUAUCACGCCAUUUAUCGUCAUGCUCCACUGAAGUUCUUGAUGUGGUGAGGACGAGCAUGUUACAGGGUGGAGAUAAAUUAAAGGAGGUCCUACCUUUACUUACCAACACAAUUAUUGAAAUAAUUGUUGAUAAAUCUGUUGAGGACCUAAGGCAGGUCAGAGGAAUAACAACAACAUAUAGGAUGACUAAUAAACCACCGCCGGUCAGACACUCACCAUACGUUGUUGGCAUAUUGCGUCAUGUAAAGGCCUUUUUGGAGGGAGAUAAGGCUACACAUUACUUGACGCAGGAAACAAGGGAGGAGAUACUGCUUGGCACUGUCACUGAUAUUACAAGGCGGUAUUACGAAUCAGCUGAUGAAGUUGUUAGCUUGGCAAGAAGAACGGAGUCAUCGCUUCAGCAAUUCCGUAGAAAGGCACAGAAAAGAGCAGGUGCAGCAUCAGGGGCCUCUGACGACAAUGUAUCUGAAACAGACAAGAUGUGUAUGCAGUUAUUCCUUGAUGCUCAGGAAUAUGGACGAAACAUCGCUGCUUUGGGGUUGAAACCGGCAGAUAUACCGGUUUAUUGUUCUCUCUGGCAAUGUGUUGCACCUGCGGAUAGACAAAACACAAUCAGUGUUUGAGGACUCGCAUACUUGCAUUUUUCACAUAUCAUAUAAUCUUACAAUAAUAAUAAAUAGGGCCCUAAGAAAUAGUAGGAAGUUGUUUCUUUGGUUAUAUUUUUGUUGUGUUUGUUUUGCAUACCAGUGAAAGUUCUGUUGCAUUAUGAUUGAGAGAUCCAUGUUUCAGUGUCAUCUUUCGGCCAUUCAAAUCUUAUUUUCAUCUUCAGUAUAUAAUACACACUUACCAAA